AUGUUCAUUCGGCGCACCCAAACCCGGCGGACUGAGGACGGAAAUCCCUACUUCUCUCAUCGCCUCGUGCACGCCGAACGCCUCGGCAGCACCGUGCGUCAGCGCACCCUCCUCAACCUCGGUCGCCACUUCGAUAUUCCCCAAGCGGAAUGGCCGCUGCUGUGCGCCCGCAUCAACGAUGCGUUGAGCGGUCAGGCGCCGCUGGUGGCCGAUUGCCCGCCUGCCGUGGACGAGGAAGCGCAACGGGUCGCGGCGCAGUUGAUCGCCCGCGGCCCGGCCGCGACGACCGCCGGACCGACCGAUGUGCAGCCGGUCGAUGUCGACUCGUUGCGGCUGGUCCGCCCCCGCAGCGUCGGCGUGGAGCAGGUCGGCCUGUGGGCGCUCGAGCAACUGGACCUGCCGGCGCUGCUGACCCGGUUGGGCGUCAACGGCGCCCUGCGCAGCGCGGCCACCGGCGCCAUCGUCGGGCGUCUGGCCGCGCCCGCCUCGGAGCGCGCGACGCACCGCUGGCUGCAGGAGCGCAGCGGUCUCGGGGAGUUGCUCGGCGUCGACUUCGAGACCGUCGGUGCGAUGCAGCUCUACCGCGCCUCGGACGUGCUGGUGAAGCAUCGCGAGGCGAUCGAGGCGCAUCUGUUCGACCGCGCGAUGGGGCUGUUCGACCUGCAGCCGACGGUGACGCUCUACGACCUGACCAACACCUACUUCGAGGGCGAGGCGAGCGACCAGCCGCAGGCGCAACGCGGGCACUCGAAGGAGAAGCGCAGCGACUGCCCGCUGCUGACCCUGGGCCUGAUGCUCGAUGCCAGCGGCUUCGUGCGCCGCUCGAAGGUCUUCCCCUCCGGUCCCCGGAUGAGGGGCGGGCGUAUUCCAAGGCAGGGGGGUGGUAUGCCUCGCCGGCCGCAGGUGGCAGUAGUGGAGGACACCUACACGGGGCACCAGGCGAAAGCGGGACACAGCCAAGGUGUGGACCUGAGCCCACCACGACGCGAACUGCGGAGGACAGGGCGCCCAUCGCGAUUGGCGGUGGGGGGACGAAGGGGGUUUGAGGAGAUGAGGGGUAGGUAG